AUUUCAGUAAGGCACGGUAACAUAGGAUUUUCGAUACCAACCUGAACAUAGGAUUUUCGAACGAAGUCACACAAAGCGAAAUGGCAACGAUAGCUCUCCUCCGCCUCUCCGUCCACCACCACCGCGCCCCUAAACCCUACCACCAGCCGCCGCCCACCACCGCCUCCACAUUCACCCCGGGGCUCCCCCGUUUCCUCAAGUCUCCUCCGGCUUCCAGUCGGAUCCCUCCCCUCCCGCGCCACCGCCGGCGAGGAGGGCCCGUCGUCCGCAUGUCCUACAGCUCCACCCCGGCCACGGACCGCCUCAUCUCCGCCGUCGCCUACAUGCUCCCCUUCUUCAACUCCCUCCAGUACGGCCGCUUCCUCUUCCUCAAGUACCCAGCCCUCGGCGUCCUCUUCGACCCCAUCCUCCCCCUCCUCUCCCUCUACAAGUCCGUCCCUUACGCGAGCUUCGUCGCCUUCUUCGCCCUCUACCUCGGCAUCGUCCGGAACCCGAGCUUCAGCCACUAUGUCCGCUUCAACUCUAUGCAGGCUGUCACCCUCGACGUCCUCCUCGUCAUCCCCCUCCUCCUGCAGAGGAUACUGAGCCCCGGCCGCGCCGGUCUCGGGUUCCGCCUCAUGGUCUGGGGCCACAACGCGAUCUUCGUCUUCAGCGUCCUCUGCUUCCUCUACAGCGUCGCCUCGAGCAUUCUGGGCCGGACCCCUUACUUGCCCUUUGUCGCCGAUGCUGCGGGCCGGCAGCUCUAACCUAACUCCGGCCCCCCAAGUCUCUCCGAAGCUUAAUCGACCGUGGAAGGAAAGUAGAGCUUCUUAGAGACAAAGGAGUGAGCUUUUUAUGACAGUUGAGGAGGUUGUGUGCUUAUGUAGGUCAAAUUUCUGUCGGGUUCGAGCUUUCCUCGGUGAUCUUGUUCUGCUUGCCUUUGUUCAUGUUGCUUGUGCGAGAUUAUACGGUUUAAUGCGGUUAAAGAGGAAACUGAAUGUUUCGUAGAGAUUCGUGAAGACCUUCUCACUGAUUUCAGCUGUUUAUAUUGCUUGCUUGGUCGACUCAUCGUUUCGAUUCGAUACGAUUCUGGUUUCUUCAGUGUUUCUGAUCCGAGUCUUGUAAGAAUUUCUGGUAGAAUCACCAUGGACUCAAAUCUACAGUUAAUGCCGACUAUUCUGCUGCCUAUGGCAUUGUGAUUGAA